AUGCAGACUGCUUCUACAAACAUUUGUGAAAGAAUGGGUCGCUCUCAGGAGCUCAGUGAAUUUAUGCGUGGUACUGUGAUAGGUUGCCACCUGUGCAAUAAGUCCGUCCGUGAAAUUUCCUUUCUACUAAAUAUUCCACAGUCAACUGUUAGUGAUAUUAUAACAAAAUGGAAGCAACUGGGAACAACAGCAACUCAGCCACAAAGUGAGCGGGGUCAGCACAUGAUGAAGCGCACAGUGCGCAGAAGUCACCAACUGCCUGCAGAGUCAAUAGCUAAAGACCUCCAAACUUUGUGUGGCCUUCAGAUUAGCACAACAGUGUGUAGAGAGCUUCAUGGAAUGGGUUUCCAUGGC